GAUGAUUUUAACAGUCAGUUUUACUGCGGAGGCCAUCACAGCCCUGCAGUGGUGUUUCUUAAUCACAUCUCUGAACACUACUGAGCUUCAGUUAGAACCCCCGUCCGCUGCCCCCAUUAGAAGCCGCCCCCCCGAACUCGCCGAAAAGAUCAAAUUUCCGUCGCCGCAACACAACAAACACUUGGUUUACAUCAUAGAAUGGUAGAAGGUGAAUCACCGAGAAAUCAAAAGCAAGACUCUGAUGUAAAAAUCGAGCACGUGGCCAACGGCACCGGAUCAAAGGAUCUUGAGCUUGGAAAUUUCGGUACCGUUAAAGAGCUACCAACCAAAGUCCUACCGGAUGACAAAUACUGUGACAAAGCUGAUUUCGAAAAAGCCAUCGAAUUAACUAGAUAUGGAAAAUUUCACUUUCUUCUGCUAGCAGUAUGCGGUUUCGUAAGCACCUCGGAGGAGAUGGACGUCAUCUCGAUGUCGUUCAUCCUUCCUUCGGCUCAAUGCGACUUAAACCUCAACACCCAAACGAAGGGUUGGCUCAACUCCAUCAUCUUCAUCGGUAUGAUGGCAGGAGCCUAUGUCUGGGGUUCUGUAGCCGAUUCGUUGGGUCGUAAAAAGGUGCUUAUUGUGAGUUCCUUCAUGAACGCCAUAUGUAUCGUAGCUUCUAGCUUCUGUCAAACAUAUGAGAUGUUCAUGGUCUUCAGAUUUCUAAACGGGGCGGCAUUAGGGGGCAGCGGACCAGUAAUCUGGUCAUACUUUGCGGAAUUUCAACCUAAGUCCAAAAGAGGCUCUAUGCUUUCAUUCAUGGCGGCUUUCUGGACUCUGGGUAACUUAUUUGUAGCUGGCUUGGCAUGGUUGAUCAUUCCAGCCGAUAUUGGUUUCGAAACCAAAUACUUCGUGUAUAAUUCUUGGAGAAUCUUCUUGCUCAUUUGCGCUUUUCCAUCAUUCAUUGUGGCUGCUUUACUGUGUUUCCUACCGGAAAGUCCCAAGUUCUUACUUACCCAAGGAAAACAUGAAGAAGCUCUAGCUAUUUUCAAAUACAUUUAUCACGUAAAUACAGGAAAUGAUGCCGAAGAUUUUCCAGUGAAACACCUCAUCUUCGAGCAAGAAGAACUAACCAUUGAACAAAAGGCUAAGAUUGCCAAAAGAGGAAAAUAUACAAAUAUGCUUGUUGAUAUUUUAGAUAAUAGUAAACAGUUGUUCGUUUCACCUAUUUUGAAAUUUACACUCAUCUCAGUUACGAUUAACUUUACCUUCCAUAUUGGAUACUACGGUCUCAUGAUGUGGUUUCCAGAACUUUUUAGCAGAUUCGAUGAAUUCUCGAAAAUCCAUAACGGUGCAGAAGCUGGUGUAUGUGAAGUAACUGACUAUGUGGUUAACAUGGGAAGUCACAGUGAAGGCAUACUAUGUAACGACAAAAUUUCCUCAUCUGUAUUUAUGGAGUCUUUAAUUACAGUAUCUGCUGCUUUGCCAAGUAACAUCAUAGCAGUUUUAGGAAUGGACAGACUGGGUAGAAAAUUCUUCUUAGUAUUCAGUACAGUCUCGUCCGGUUUAUGUUCAGCAUGUAUGUAUUUCGUUUACAACAAGACUCAUAAUUUGAUAGUUUCUGCAGUAUUCAGUAGUGUAAUUUCAUGUGGUAACGCAGCUUUGGAUUCGCUCAUCACCGAAAUUUUCCCAACUCAUCUCAGGGCCACGGGUAUAGCCAUUUCGAUGGUAGCAGCCCGGUUGGGUGGUAUUAUUGGUAAUAUCGUAAUAGCCCAACUUCUCGACUUGUACUGUCCUGCUCCAACUUUCAUCGUAACUGGGUUGUUGAUUGGAGGAGGUCUUCUGUGCCUCUUCCUGCCAAACACCACUCAAAAACCACUUCAGUAAGACCACCAAUUUGUAUCCUUACCUCGAAUCAAAAUUUGUUUGAAGAGGGUUUUAUAUAACUGAAAUAUUGCCAUUUUACCAUGUUACCUGUUAGAUGGGGUUCAUUUUUACGAUUGAUCGUCAAUUGGAUACCUAUAUGUAGUGUAAACAAUACGAACAAGCGAAAAAUGAAUCGUAUUUACUACAAGUUGUAGAUAAAAUUUAACUUCAUAAAAUUAGUAUUAGUAAAGUAAGCAGAAUGUAGCCUAGUUCCUAGAGUUUAUACAUUUCCAUUAUGUAUUAUACUAUUAUAAAUAAAUGUUAAUUUUAUUCAGAAUUAGAACGAAUUUGUUUUAUUAUAUAAUUAUUUAUACAGAUUCAGAAAUUUUAACGCGCAAAUGGAAGUGAGGUGAAAGUCGAAUAUACCAUGCGCCAGGCCACAUCUUAGCAGUUUUUGUUUGUUUCACGCGCGGUCGUAUUAUACCUUGUCCAAUUUAUUGUAAAAUAGAGGGUACGCGUUUAGAUUUCCGUAACAACUAUAAUUAUUAGAAACCAAAAACAAGCAGCAUACAAGCCUAUUAUGUCAGCGUUCAAGUUCGCAACAUACGGAAUUCUUUUUUUAUUUAUUAGUUUACUUUAUUUUAGAGUUCAUGAACAGUUUUUGCUACAAAAAUAAUAAAAUAUGAAUAAUAAUCCACGUG